GUGCGUGAAGUAUAAUUAGGUAGCUAUCGAAAAAAUUGAAUAAAAUAGAAAACGUAAUGCUCCGAUCGAAUCACGCAUAGGUGUGCAGCGGCAAGGAAAUUCAACUUAUAUUUUAGGUCAAAUUGUGGAGGUUAUCUUAUUGGCAUCAGCUCAAUUCCCCUAAACCGUAGCUUUUUCCAGCACGUCCAGAGAGAUAAUAAUAGACAUAAUGCUGGGCCAAAGUCAAGUAUUCUUCAACACCAAUAUCUGCUCGAAAAUUCAAACAGGAUCUCAUCUUUACGGUUUAUUUCUUUAGUAAUAAUUCGUUUAUUAAUUGCUCCAUUACUGUUUUGUUUUGCGUGACAAAUCGCUGCGUGGAUUCAGGCGUGACAAUGGGCCCUGAGGAAACACAACAAUUUUGUUUGCGAUGGCAUAAUUAUCAGAACACUCUCCUGGCAACUCUCCCUCAGUUGUUGAACGGAAACGAUCUGACCGAUGUGACACUUUGCGCAGGUGGAAGAAAUGUCAACGCCCAUAAAGUAGUGCUUUCAGUAUGCAGUCAGUAUUUUAAAGACUUAUUCAAGGAAUUAGGAAACCUACAGCAUCCUGUGAUAGUUUUACCGGGAGUUGAUUAUAAUGAUCUAUGCGCAUUAGUAACUUUCAUGUAUAGCGGCGAAGUGAAUAUAUACCAAGCACAGCUAGGAUCUUUGCUCUCAAUUGCUGAUACCCUAAGAAUAAGGGGUCUUGCGGAAUUUACGGGUGGACCAAACAAUACAGAAUCACAGCAGAACAAAAGUAAACGAUUGAGGACAGAUGAAAAGCUUGAAGCUUUUGCGAAGUUAAAAAAAUACUCGGACACAGCCCAGUUAACGGAGACGAUAAUGAGGGACUUUUUGUCUGACUGGUCCUUACCUCAAGAGGACGAUGUAAAUACAACUGAGCAGGUGGCCCAAGAUUUAAGUAAAAGAGUACAAACGAAAACAAAAGAAUCUCCCGAAGUGACGUCUAACGAGCAACAAACGCCUGAAAUACCUUUCACGAAAACUGAAGCACUCCCAUCUGAUCUCUCUACUAGCCAAACAACACUAUCAUCAACUAGUGUAUCAAUUAACUCCAGCGAGAGCAGACAAGAGGGAGGCAAGUUAAGGUAUUCAAAAGUCUAUGCAACAUGCUUCGUAUGUGGAAAACAGCUGAGCAACCAGUAUAAUCUUCGUGUUCACAUGGAGACACAUCAAAAUGCCCAUUACGCUUGUUCUGCCUGCAACCAUGUGUCAAGAUCGAGAGAUGCUUUACGCAAACAUAUUUCGUACAGACAUUUACCUCAAAAGCGAUUGCAGCCAUGACAAGGUUUCACAAUCAUUCUUUAUUUAUGCAAGACGUUCUGCAGUUUAUCAAACCAAAGUUACCAAAUUGUUUUUUCUUUCUUUCUUUUUUUUUUUGUAUUUUAAGAUGUUGAAUUUUAUUUGUUAAAACUCAAGAGACCUGAAGAAAAGAGAAAAUUAGACAAGCUCUUAUUAGUUUACUUUUGAUUUAAUGAUAAACAAAUUUAUUAAGCUCUUCACUGAUGUUAAAAAAAAUGACUUCCAAGUGAGGUACGUACGGUGGGAUCAUAAUAACGCACAAGAUCUGAUAACUUCAGCUUGAUUCUUAACAGUAUUGUCGAACUGUGGCUGUACCUCUGAUCGAUAUGAUACUUCUAAUGGACUUUUGAAACAGCAAAACCAAACAUGUUUCCUGAAGUUUUGGAUUAAUUCAGUUAUAUUUAUGAUUAUGCUGACUGAAAUGAAGUGAUGAAAACUUUUAAAUAUGCACAUACCCAUCACAGAAAUAUUCAUGAGAGCAGAAAUUUUUUUCCUUGCCCCAACCAUUGCAAAGAUUGACACAGAUACCAGACUUUUGUGUCUCCUUUCCAGAAAUUCAAUUGAUCAUUUCUUGAUUACUUUUUAAAUUUGAAGUUUUGUUGGUGAGAGGAUUUUUUUUAGUUUAUUAGAAAUUGGACGCCACGAUUUUCGGAUUGCAGCAAAUCCCCCCCUAUUAUUUUAAAAAAAAUUGAAGUACGGCCAAACAUUUUAAAAUAUGAUUAUAGAAAAUUCUUUAUCUAUUUUGAAAAGUGAUUUUUAAACUUUUUUUCACAAAUUAGACGACCUGUAGAUUUUAGAAACAGGGCAAAAGCCGAGGAUUACUUUUAAACAUUUGAAAUGGUAAAAUUUUAAUACAAUUAAUUCCAAAAAAAGCUGCAACGACUCGAAAGGUUGAACUGGCCAAUAAUCACACUUCCACAAAUUUUUUAAACUGAUCAUUACCUAUGGACAUGGGUGGUUAAAUGCACAAUUUUUUUAGAUUAGAAGAAAAUGAUUUAACUUAUUUUGCAUUAAAUGCAGCACAAAAUUGAACACUAUCAUGAUCGAAAUGAAUGAAAAAUUCAAACACAGUUUUUUCUUAAAAAAUGUUCCCACUAAGCAGCAUGACUCCUUUGAAAGAAAAUUGUGCUCAAAGGAGAUGUUUCCUUCUAAAGGGAGACAAUUAAAUUUCACGCUGAAUUUUGUGAACAGCAGUAAAACAAUCUUACUGUUUAUACUAUACAUGUUGAUUAAAGAAACAUGUAUUACUCUGAAAGAAAAAGAUUAAAAACCUACAGGUUAUGUUUCGUUCUUUGGGGGGUUUUCAUGUAAUUUCGUUUAACACGGAGAAAAUUUAUGUGGCCUUCCUGGGGGGAGGGGGGGGGCCGAGGAUAAAAGAUGAGAAUGAAUACUCAACUAUUGAAAGUUUCCUUUUAAAGCUAUUAUGACUUUCCCCCAUCUUCUCCCUCGUACAGCGUUUUUGACUUAAUACUGUGCUAACACAUUUUGGUUUUUAUUCGACAGUGAACAUUAAGUGUCAAAAUCUACAUUUUAAACUAAGAUGCAAAACAUCUUUAAUAAGGUCAGAGGUGUAAUAUUUUUGUAACUGGAGGUAGGUAUGAAUGACAGUCAGAAUAUCAUUCAAAUUUUGAGUAAAUGACAAACAUCAACCUCUUCAUAUUUUUGGGUUCCAUUUGUGACUGAUCGGGAGAAAAAUUCAUACCUAGGUAUUUCCGAUGAACUAUCUGCAUGAGUACAAAUCCAUUAUAAAACCUAAACUGAAAUCUAUGAUAAGUAAGUAUUAAAUUAAUCUGUGAUUAUAGAGUAAGAUAAACCUUAAGUGAAAAUUUGUUGGAAAAUUUGUUGAAAAGUCAAAUAUAAUUUAAAUAAGUGUUU